ACGCAAACUGUUGCAGGGAAAUCUCCCCAUUGUGGGAGGGGCAGAGACGCACACUACUGGGGGAAAUCUCCCCAUUGUGGGAGGGGCAGAGACACACUACUGGGGGAAAUCUCCCCAUUGUGGGAGGGGCAGAGACACAAAACUACUGGGGGGAAAUCUCCCCAUUGUGGGAGGGGCGAGGACACAAACUACUGGGGGGAAAUCUCCCCAUUGUGGGAGGGGCAGAGACACAAACUACUGGGGGGAAAUCUCCCCAUUGUGGGAGGGGCGGAGACACAAACUACUGGGGGAAAUCUCCCCAUUGUGGGAGGGGCGAGGACACAAACUACUAGGGAA